AUGUCCGAGCGGCCGGCCAGGCGGAAGGUCGGGAUCGUGGGCUUUGGACAUUUGGGCCAGUAUCUGGUGCGGAGACUCCAGGACGAGGGACCCCGGCACGGCCUGGAACUCGCCUUCGUCUGGAACCGCGAUGCGGGGAAGCUGCAGGGGAAGGUGCCGGCUUCCCUCCAGCUGCAGGACCUGGCCCGGUUCCCCGAGCGCGAGGUGGAUCUGGUGGUGGAAGUGGCUCAUCCCUGCGUGGUCCGGGACCACGGCGCCUCCUUCCUGUCCGGGGCAGACUUCAUGGUGGGUUCCCCCACGGCCCUGGCUGACCAGGCCACGGAGAUGCGGUUGCGGGAAGCUGUCCGGCGUGGGGGGCACACGCUGUACGUGCCCCGGGGGGCGCUGUGGGGCGGCGAGGACAUCCAGCGGAUGGAUGACAGGGGUGUGCUGCAGGGCCUGAAGGUGACCAUGAUCAAGCACCCGGAAAGCUUCCGGCUGGAGGGGGCGCUGAGGGAGCGGCUGGGGGCCGGGCGGGCCGUGCUGUACGAGGGGACCGUGCGGGGUCUCUGCCCGCUGGCCCCCAACAACGUCAACACCAUGGCGGCGGCUUGCAUGGCCGCCCCCAGCCUGGGCUUCGACGGGGUCCAGGGGUGCCUCAUUGCUGACCCUGGCCUCCCUGACUGGCAUGUGGUGGAGGUGGAGGUGACCGGCCCAUCCGGCGAGCGCAGGGACCAGGCCUUCACGGUCACCACCAGCCGCAGGAACCCAGCCUCCCCCGGAGCUGUCACCGGGGCGGCAACCUUCCCUUCUUUCUGGAGCAGCCUGCUGGCCUGCCAGGGCCACCGAGGGCAUGUCGUUUUGUGCUGA